AUGAUCGCAAAUUCGAAGAGGGAGAGUGUCAGAAGCGAUCCGCUCGUUGUUAGUGCGCAACCAUCUUUACUGCAAUUUUCUAUUCCGAUGCUAGCCGCAUUUAAUCCGUUUCAAUUGAAACAUCAAGUUGUAGGAGCAAAAGAUGUUUCCACUCAACUCACAGAUUGGUUUCAACCAUUGCGUACCAAUCUAUUCAGGCCAUUCCCAUUAUCUAAUACUGGUGCCUUACUUGGCCCUGUUCAAACAUAUCCAAUGAUAGCCAAUCUAACACAUCUUGGCGAUUUAAGCAAAUUGGUGGGCAGUAGUGGUCUUCUUAUAAAGUUAGCGGAUUAUGAAAAGAAACGUCAAGAAAUAAUGAAAAAUGCUGGAUUUGAGAUAAAUGCACCAAAUGGUUUAAUUCUUCCUGAAAAAGCUAAUAAAGAUGAAGCUAAAGGAGAUGAUUCAUCGAAAAAUAUUUUUGUAACAACCAAUACGAACAGUGAGCCGUUGG